AUGACCGAUUACUCGGAAACUCAACAACCCCCCCGAACUAAUGCCGAUCUCACGGCCGCAAAUGCCGCACUCCUAGCAGAGAAUCAGCGAAUGGCCGAAAUAUUGGCAGCAAUGCAAAACAACGGAGAUCGGAAGGUCGACAGCAAAAGGACAAACGCUGACCAGCACGAAGAGCAUCAAUCUGAGUCAAACGCUAAGACGGGGGAAACUACGCUGAAAAUCGAGAGACGACGAGCCAACCCGAGAGAAGACAUCAUUAAAGAGAUACUGCACAACAAAGUCAUAAGGCCACCAGUCAAGGCAGGAACGUACCAAGAUCAGAAGUACGUGGACAAAAGCAAACAUUGCGCAUUCCAUCAAAAGUUCGGCCAUACAACUGACGAAUGUAUGGCGGCAAAAGACCUCUUGGAGAGAUUAUCAAGACAAGGACUCUUGGACAAGUACGUUAGCUCUAGGAGUCGCAAAGAAUCAAGCGAGGACCUGCACAAACCGAGGUUCACAUCUGAGCACAGAGAAAGAGGAACUUGGCGAAUGACCAGCAUAGCCAGGAAACGAAGUUAUCGGACGAUGAUGACGAUGGAAAGAUCUCACCAAAGCUUACCCACCCCGACUUCCACCGCCCACAUCAGCUUCAGCAAAGAUGACUACAAAUCGCAAGCACCGAACUUAGACAACCCGGUGGUAAUUUCGGUACACAUGGGAGAAUUAACGGUGAAAAAGGUCUUACUAGACCCAGGGAGCAGUGCCGACAUUUUAUUCUAUUCAACAUUCAAGAAGAUGCAGCUGAGCGAUAAGGCCUUACAACCAUCGGGAGGGGAACUGGCAGGAUUCUCGGGCGAAAGAGUCCCUAUAGCGGGAUAUGUAUGGUUAAGAACAACAUUGGGAGAACCACCGAAUUCCAAAACAUUAGACAUUCAGUUCUUAGUAGUAGAUUGUGUUAGCCCAUACAACAUUAUCUUGGGACGUCCCUCCCUUAACUCUUUCGGAGCCAUAGUCUCCACCAUACACCUUUGUGUCAAAUUUUCCUUGCAGGACAACACAAUAGCGACAGUUCACUCAGAUCACAAAGAGGCAAGACAAUGUUACAAUGCAAGUUUAAAGAAAAUCACACAAGGGAAAUACCGAGGAUCAACUCCGUAUACAACUCGGAAAGCAUUCCAAGCCUCGCCGAGAUGGAUCCCAGGAACGACAACAGCCAUCCCUCCCCAACAGACGAAAUGCAAAAGGUAA